CGUUGCUUGUGCCGGCGCGCGAGCGCGUCGCGUCUCUUGUGCUGUGGCCACCUCCUCCACUCAGCUGACGCGCCUCGCCGGAGUGAUUUGCGUGGCGCGCGCGCGCGCCCGUGUGUGUUCGCUUCCUACCGCGCUGCUGCCGCCGUUCGCUCGCUGCGCGUGAGCCGCAAGCCGUUGCUCGAAAGACCGUCCCACUGCCCGAUGAGUGUGCGCCCAGCCGCGGGUUGGGCAGAGCCACGGCGGAGCCGUCGUUGCCACCCUCUUCGCCGCCACCACCGCCGCUUGGGCCGGGGUGCCGGGCCGGGCGGCCGGCGCGCUGGCUGGCUCCGCGGUUGGUGUUGAGGAAAAACAUUGGCAGGCCUACUGGUAGCGGGCCUGUGCGCCGCCGUCGCGCCGUUUCGGAGGGCGACCGAGGGGAUUUCCAGGACCCGAGGCAAGGAGGAGAAGACCGAGACUUCAUCAAAAUGCCUCCGCUUAACAUCAAGUCUAUGUCCAAGGAGCUGGACUCGAAGACCUUAUGCCAGCUCCAGUCGAGCCCCUCCCUGGCCGGCAGCGUCACUGGCCUCGGAUCGGCGGCCACCAUCGCCACGGUGGCAGCGGCGGCGGCACAGCACGGCCCGCCCAGCGGCCUGCCCUCGCCCAUAGAGAACGGGCCCGCACUACCGCCAGGAGUACCGCCAUCAGCAACGGCAAUAGCCAUGAUGACGGCUUCUGCGGCCGGCGGAGACGAAGAAGUCGAUGACGGAGCCCUGGACCCGGAGGAAUUCUACGCGGCCAUCCCGGAGCCUCCGGACGGUGGCUGGGGCUGGAUGAUCGUUGCCGCCUCGUUCCUCUGCAACAUGGUGGUCGACGGCAUCGCGUACACCUUCGGAAUCUUCUUCCCCGAAUUCGUGGACCACUUCAAGGCACCCAAAGGGACCGUCGCUUGGGUUGGAUCGUUGCUCUCGGGAUGUUACCUGAGCGCCGGCCCCUUGGUGAGUGCGUUGACGAAUCGGUACGGCUGUCGGGCGGUGUGUAUCGGGGGAAGCAUCGUCGCCUGCAUCGCCUUCUUGCUCAGCACCAUCGUGCAGGACGUGGGCAGCCUAAUGGUCACAUUUGGUUUGAUGGCCGGUCUCGGCUUCGGUCUCAUCUAUCUACCAGCCAUCGUGAGCGUGAACCAAUACUUCUCCAAGAAGCGUGCACUGGCUACAGGAAUCGCCGUCUGCGGCUCCGGCAUGGGCGCGUUCGUGUUCGCCCCUUUCUGUCAGUACCUGCUCACCAUCUUCAACUGGAAAGGGGCACUCAUGAUCCUGGCCGGCCUGUCGCUCAACUGCGCCGUGUUUGGCGCACUCAUGCGGCCGCUCCUCGCGUCCGACAACCCGCAGACCAAGCCGCUCCUUCAGCGAAUCUGGGAGGAAAAAGAGCGACAGCGGCAGGACUCGCUCUGCAACAGCCAGUUCUUCUUGGUGCAGCACGCGGACGGGACCAUCGAGAAGAGGCAGAAGCUGCUCUUGAACACCGAGCCGGGCGUCCACUCGACCCUGUACCUGGACCAGUGGGGCAAGUCUCCUAUGGACACGCCGGUCAUCACGCUGUCCCCCAUUCAGGAGGCCAGGCCAUCCCGUAUGGGCUCAAAGGAAGACCAGAACGACGAUUCUGGGGAGUCGGGAAAGGAGAACGGCGGCACUAAGAAGGGUUCACCGCUACAGGAAAAGGCCCCGGCAACCACAGAAUCUGAAAAAGAUGCAGGGCAGCAGCAGUCUGUCGUUGACGACGAGAAGACAGCCACAGAGACAACUCAGAUGAUUCCUCCCGAACUAGACAACCAGACUUCCGGUAACCAGCCAGCACCGAAUGGCCAUGUACCGAACGGUGGUCCUGCAGUUGCGGCUCCGACGGCUGUAUCGGCCAUUCAGGAGAUCGCCAAGCGCAAGGGCAUCAUGUCUUCCAGGAGCGCCACCAAGCUGUGUCUGUCGAACAUCACCAUGGGAACUGAAAUGCGUAGGAACAGCUCGUCUCCACGCAUGUCUUCGAGCGGUUACGUGUACACGGGCGCAGCGAGCCGGCCGCACGGCCGGCUCGCUACGUCUGGCGAGGUCUGGAAGCGCGUGUCGCAGGAGACUGUGGCAGGCGGGCCGCGCCAGAUCCAGAAGGCAAAGAAGAAGGACAUCGCUCGACCCAUGUACCGCAAGGAUAUAUUCUACAGCGGAAGCGUAGUCAACCUUCCCGAGUAUCGUCUGUCGCAGGGUGACGUCCGUUCCUACGUCGCCAGUGUCUUGACCAUCCCAGCGACAGACACCAUCCCUGCAGCCAGCGGCGUGGAUCUUCCAGAUGGCAAGCCCGCGGCAGGUUCUUUUUGUCCACCCUGCCUGCGUCUGCCGGCCUCCAUGACCGACACCCUCGGCGACAUGCUAGACAUGGAAUUGCUCAAGAACCCAGCUUUUGUUCUGGUCUGCGUCUCCAACAUCGUUGGCAUGAUGGGUUUCUGCAUACCCUUCAUGUACAUCGCCGACUCCGCCGUGCUUAAAGGCAUCGACAAGGACAAGGCAGCCUUCCUCCUUUCGCUCAUUGGUAUCACAAACAUGAUUGGACGUCUCAUAUUUGGAUGGCUCUCGGACCUGCCCCAGAUCAACUGCCUACUACUCAACAACCUUUCACUCUGCCUGAGCGGCAUCGCUGUGUUCAUUCUGCCCUUCUGCUACUCCUAUCCUGCCACCGUGGCCACGUGCAUGAUCUUCGGAUUAAUUGUCGCUGCAUAUAUUUUGCUCACAUCAAUCAUCCUCGUGGAGCUCUUUGGUCUGGACAAUCUGACGAACUCGUUCGGCUUACUCAGCCUGUGCAGAGGAGCAGCCUGCAUGGUCGGACCCCCUCUAGCAGGUACCCUGUUCGACAUGACGGGCUCGUACGACGUUCCGUUCUUCGUCUCGGGCACCAUGCUCAUCGUGUCCGGCGCGAUGUCCUUCUUCAUACCAUGCGUGCGGAACACGGCCGUCAAGCCCGAACCGCUGCCGGACAUCGCCUCUCCUCUCGAAGAGAUCCCCGAAGAAAGCGACGUGCCCGAAGAUGAGGAAGAGAACGUCGAGAGCAUCGUCUAAAAGAAGAAUUGUCCCACACGAUGCCGAUACAUAUUUGCGUGCUUCGUCGCGGCUCUUGUCCGGCUCCAUCCCUCCUCUAGAAGUGAUGUCUGCACGGCGCAGCACUCACUCGCUUUUUGACAUUGAGGUGGACGUAGCGGCGCUACUCACAGAUCAAGUAGGCGCACUGACAGGGAGAGCCCACGAAUAAGGCGAGACGACCGGUGAUUAGACACACGCAUCUCCUUUCCCUGAGAAAGCUACAUGACAUGACUUUUGUCUCCUGGCUCCGAGAGCAACUUGACUUCGUCUUGUCGUCUACAGUUCCCGGUGUCACCCUAUUUCUUCAUUUGAUAGGUUGACUUUAUGUGGUCUUCGUCUACGGCUCCUACGUGCUUGCAGCAACGAUGUCACAUGUUGUGCUUUUCUUCAGCGUUGCCUCUUCUUCCCAUUCAAGCCAGAACGCCAAGCGCCAAGCUAGGCUGCGCGAAGAAGCCAACCGAACCAAAGCCAUUUUCAUCUUUCCUAACGCGUUCCGGAGCCAUGUACUCAGACUCAUUCCACCGAAAACAAAUCUUCGGUUGGAAGAAAGAAGGCGCAGGGGAGAUAGUUCGGGUUCGCUUUGGCAAUCCGGACGUCUCUGUGUAUCUGAUGCUACGUACGUUUUAGUGCGCGCUUUAACGAGAGGCGAUUAUUUUCUUGGCUUUGAGAAAGUGCGCACAGAACUCUUCUUUUGUGCUUUGGUGUGCCAGUAUGUGCGUGUGUAGUGUCAAGGUGCCAUGCUCUGAUGAUAGAUGGUGGAUGUAGCGAAGAAGAAAAAAAAGAAGGGUUCGGCCUCUUUAUAGACAAUUCGCGCUUCUGUCAUCGAGUACCACUGUUCGUGACAGCGUUUGAUCGUCGUUGUGUUUUUGAAAGCCGCAGAGGAUGGACGUCGUGUGAAAAGAUGUCUUUCGAUUAAGCUUUAAGGCUUCGCGUACGGAAUCCUCCUCGAGCUUCGGAUCGUGCGGACCAGUUAAAAAAGUAGAAAGAGUGAAAGAGAAUAGAAGAUGAAAAGCUUCAACUUCGAAGAAAGGCUUUGCCACGUGUUGUCGAAGACGUGUGAAAGGAUAUAGGAACUUCUUUUUGUUGUAAGGCGUCAUCUCGUUUCAGACAUUGUGCGCUUGCUUGUGUUUUUUGUUCUCGUCGAAAAAAAACCUGUGACUUUUGAAGAGGACAUCGAGCGCUCACUCUGCGGACAAUGCGCGGAGAGUACUAUGUGCAGUGAUGGCAGUGGAGCGAUUGCGUGAAUGUUCUCUCUUUCAUUUAUGCGUCAUUUAAUUUUUUUAAAUUCUUUUCGUUGUGUCCUGCGUUGGGUCCUAAGACAAACACAGAUGAUGCGAAAAAAAAAACGAAACAAAAGAAAAAGAAGACAACGUGUGAGGGAAAAACCUACUCCCCCCUCCAAUCCCCGAGUUUAUCGUCGGCAUGAAUAACGCAUUCCAGUGUGUGCACAAACGGAACUUAUGGGAAUUAAUUUGCUUCACUUAAGAUUGAAGGGAAGCAAAAUGUUCAAAACGGAUGCGCCGUUGAUUGCAUCCGCACACAUAAUACACAACUCAUGAUUGUAGUCACCACAUAUCUGUGAUAUAUGCUCCUUGGCCCGACAGCUAAUCGCUACACCGCAAGACUCUAUAGAUAACAACUACGGCGUGUUUGUUCGUAAAAAUAAGAACACCGCAGUAUUUUUUGUCCUUGUUUUUUUCUCGUAGCCAAACGUGUAGCCAAAGUUACCUUUGUGCGGACGUAGUGUUGUGAAUGCUCUUAUCUUUAGCGCUGUGUCCUUUCUGCGGAGAAAAAGAAAAUGGCAGCGCUCCGCGUUUCUUCUUUUGCAUUCGCUGUCCAACCGUGUCUUUAACGUUUUAAGCUUUAGGACCAUCAUCAUUCAUUGUCUAUUUAGUGAAUAGUUAACAAAGCAGACUUAGACUUCAAACUCUGUUUCUGAUGAGAGAGCGCGUGUCUGUCCAGAAAGAGACAUUCCAAGAUGCGUGUUAACCUCACACGCUAUUGCGAAGAAGAACCGGGAUCUAUACGUGUUGUGAAAAUAAACACAAGCUUUAUCGUUAUUGUUAUAAUUUUGCCUCGAACGCAGUGCUAUUUGCUUAAAAAGCUAGUGGUGUUGCUUUCUCUUGCUCAGCGAACUUCGGUUGACGGAGCAGUGCCGGUAGAACGGUGAAUGGUCCGCGUUCCGGUAUUUAUCCCAGCUGCUUUAGAAGAGGGGCCCGUGAAGUGGGAAAGCAUUUCAUGGAACUUUGUUCCCGGAACACGUUUUAUUUUGACGUGUAAAAAACGAUAGCACAAAAACUGAAUUGCUGUUAGCUGCGGCCUACUACAUUUAGCUGGUAAUCUCCCGGUAUAAGGAAGUUUUCCAAGGCGAGGCAACGGAAAAGUACUCGUACAAGCUAGUGAGGCACUAUUCGCAUGCUAAUUUUUCUUCGGUUUCCAUUAUAUGACACUUUAUCGCAAAUUAUUGAUCGGGAAAUUCCAAUACUAAACGAUCUAUUGAAUAAUGCAUCAAUUGAAACAUUCGUUCACAAUGUUCUAGAACGUUCCAGCAUCAGGAUUCUAAUGAGCAUCGACCAAAAAGCCGUUGUACGUCACAUAUGCAAAAAAACAAAAAACAAGUACGCCAACCAAUGACUAAAGCAUAGCGUGCUUUACACUGUCAACCGCGUAGGAUCUGCUGUAGGGGCCAGAGGCGACGCUGUUACCUUCAAAAACAGCUUUGUGACCUGUGGUGUGAUGGCGCUAGCGUAGGUUCCCAUAGUGUAGUGCAACGUGGGGCAGGAGACCCGGGUCUGAAGCACCUGGGGGUGAACGGGCUUUUUUCUUAAGCCGCAAGCCCGAUGCAGCGUUGUUACGUUGGGAACAGGCGUAAGAGGGAACGCAAGCAUGCGCCUUUGAAGGGAGCAUAUGUAAGCAGCGCUGUCCAUUUCGCAACUACCACAUACAUACUACACAUACACAGACACAACACAGACGGUGCAAUUAGUGCUGCUUGCGCUAACGCACGCAGACGUGAAGAUGGCCUUGAAUCGACUCCUUGGGUUGCGAGUUCGCCGAUGUAGCCUUUUAAAGUACUAAGUGAGAGCAGAGUGAACGCUGAGAUCCUUUUUUCUCCGCAGCUCUUGGAAACAGAAUAAAGCUGUUAUUUGUUUACGCCCUA